CUCUCUCUCUCUCUCUCUCUCUCUCUCUGUUUGCAUUCAGCAGCUGAAACCAGCUCGUGCAGCAGGACCACGCUGUCUGACGCACUGCUGCGUGUCUUGGUCGCUCUGAGCUUCACUUCACAGUUUCCUGAAGGAAUUUGUGAUCAAAUCGACGGAGAAAAAACAAAAAUAUCUGCAGGAGGGUCUAAGCCCACAACUUUAAACGCAGCGCGUGAGAGAGAUUACUACAAACACUUGCUUCUUGGACUUCUUAUUUUUAACCACCGACUGCUGGAGGCUCCCCCGACUGUCACCAUGAGCGCGUGCGGUAGGAAGGCGCUGACAUUGCUGAGCAGCGUUUUUGCAAUCAGCGGCCUGGGGCUGCUGGGAGUGGCAGUCAGCACCGACUACUGGUUGUACCUGGAGGAGGGCGUCAUUAUGCCUCUGAAUCAAAGCACCGACAUCAAGACCUCGCUGCACUCCGGCCUCUGGAGAGUCUGCUUCUUGGCCGGUGAGGAGUCCGGUCGUUGCUUUACCAUCACGUACAUCAUGCCCAUGAACGUCCAGUUGACGUCAGAGUCCACAGUAAAUGUGCUCAAGAUGAUCCGCUCAGCCACUCCGUUCCCUCUCGUCAGCCUCUUCUUCAUGUUCAUCGGCUUUGUCCUCAACAACAUCGGGCACGUUCGACCUCAUCGCACCAUCCUGGCGUUUGUCUCGGGAAUCUUCUUCAUCCUCUCCGGCCUGGCUCUGGUGGUGGGUCUGGUGUUGUAUAUCUCCAGUAUAAAUGAUGAAAUGCUGAACAGGACUAAGAGCAGUGAGGCCUAUUUUACCUAUAAGUACGGCUGGUCGUUUGCCUUUGCUGCCAUCUCUUUCCUGCUCACUGAGAGUGCAGGCGUCAUGUCCGUCUACCUGUUCAUGAAGCGCUACACAGCAGAGGAGAUCUACCAACCUCGUCACCCAAGUUUCUACCGCCCUCGUCUCAGCAACUGCUCCGACCACUCAGGCCAGUUUCUCCACCCAGAGGCCUGGUCGCGUGGACGAAGUCCCUCCGACAUCUCCAGUGAAGCUUCACUUCAGAUGAGCGCCAGCUACCCGGCCCUCCUCAAAUGCCCCGACUAUGAUCAGGUCUCGUCUUCGCCCUGCUGAGGCCACGUAAUGAUGACUAAAAGGUCGUUGAUGCCUAGUGAGGAUGGUUUCCUUUCAAGAAAAAAAGUCUUAGAUAUUUACCUGAGUUUGAUGUUUUUCAGGGAGAAAUGUGCAGCUUCGACUGUGGCCUGAGGACUUAUAUGAAAACGUGUCCUCCUGAGCUACUUGUGGCUUUUUUUUAGGAUCAGAGACUCUUUGGGAAUUUGUUGUUGUAGCAGAAUCUACGUUUUUACUUGCUGGAGAUAAAGUCUGCAGGUUUUAGAAAAAAAUAACAUGGUUAUGAUGUCUUAAAGUUGAAAUCUUUUCAAGUUUAUCUGAAGGAGGAUUUAAAUGUUCUGUUUUUGUUGUACAAGUAGGACUGACCAAACAUGUGAGGAAAGAGUUACCAGAAUGAAUAGCCAUGGAUGUGGAGAGGUGCUAAUAGAGAUGUCUAUGACUGAUUCUUUUCGUGAAUAUCUUCCUCAUUUUGCAAUACACCUUUCUUUAGGACAUUUUCGCACUUAACUGUGGCAAUAGUGAUAUAUUGUGUCACAUUAGAAAGAUUGAAACCUUACUCCCAAAGCAAAACCUCACAAAGACUGUCCUGUGAGAGCUAAUGAAAAUCAAACAUAUUAUGGUCCUUGAAGGAAACGGGGUCAAAAAAUCCUAUCAAGCCUUCUGAAGAGUCAUUGGUUGUUCUUGUUGCUUUGUGUCUUAUCUAGAGAUGCUUUUUUGUCUCUAACAUUUUGACAGUUCCCCCAUGAUGGUCACUAAGCAUGAUAAAACAGUUUUUUUUUUCCCUGUGUUAUCAAAUGAGGAUUCUUCAGGUCUUAGGAGAGACCCAGGUACGUGAAUAUGUUCAGACAGAACCAGCUGAGAUCACACAAAUAUAUAUAUUAUAUAGAUUUUUAUAUUAUAUGUACAGCUGUUGGACAUUAUACAAAUUCAUGUAAAGAUUAAGGUGCAUUUGAAGUGCUGUUGGUCUUGAUGUAGCUACACUGAGAAGAAUUAAUCUGUAAAAAUAAAGU